CACUUCAAUUAGGACGUAGGGAGAAGGCACACAUAAUGAAAUUUAAAGAAAUACUAUUUGUAUUGGCUAUAGGAACUGCUAUUAAUGCAGAAUAUGUAAGCUAUGAGAAUUACAAAGUUUACAAGUAGUACCUGAAAACUGAUAAUGAAGUACAAAUACUUUUGGAUUUACAAAAGAAUGUAGAUUAUGUAUUUUGGAGUGAUAUAAUUGCUAAAGAUAGUGAUGUGAAGAUUAUGGUGGCGCCAAAGAAUCAAGAGGAAUUCGAAAACUAUUUCAAGAAUGUCGGUAUUCCGACCAAAGUCGCUAUCGAUAACGUACAAGAUGCAAUCGAUGCUCAGAAGCGUCGCCCUCUUGACAGAAACCUCAACAACUACUCUUGGAAUUACUACCUCUCUUUGGAAGAAAUCAACACUUGGCUUGACAGCAUCGCGCAAAGAUUCCCUGAUGUCGUCACUCCCCUCAUCAUCGGAAACUCUGUCGAAGGCAGAUUCAUCCGAGGUGUCAAAAUCGACUUCAAGAAACAGGAAAAUCCAGUCAUUGGUAUGCUUGAAGGUGGAAUCCAUGCUAGGGAAUGGAUUUCUCCUGCUACUGUCACUUAUAUUAUCAACGAGUUCUUGACUAGUACCAACUCUGAAGUUAGGAACCUUGCUGAAAAUGUCGUGUGGCAUAUCUUCCCUGUUGUCAACCCUGAUGGCUACUCCUAUACUUUCUCUGAUAACAGAAUGUGGAGAAAGAAUAGGAAUACGGCGAACCAUACAACCUGCGGCUCCGCAAGUUCCGAUAUGAGCAACGGAAUUGACUUGAACAGAAACUUCGGAUUUAUGUGGAUGAGUGAGUUUUUAUAUUAAUAAACAAAUUUUUAAAAUAA